GGCCGGGAAUAACACGGAAACUUGAAAGUUGGCUAUAUCAGAUCCUAUUCUCCAAGAUCAUAGACUUGCACCUAGCAAACCCUAUGUUUAAGUACCUAACCUAAGGGAUAUAUUUUAUAUCCUAUCUCCCGGAAGUCUCCCACUCAAAACUACCUAUCUAGCCUACCUAACAUCACAUCGCUUGAUGUAUCUACAUGUUCUGUCUUCUCAUACCGUAGCAGAGAGAUAAUCGCCGUCGCUAUUAUUCAUCAUGGGCGCCUACUUCGAAGAUAUUCCCAAACAGAGCCUCAUCGACUGGAUGUUGGCUCAGAAGGUUUUCUGGAUAGCCACAGCGCCGUUGACGGGGGACGGACAUGUUAACGUUUCACCAAAAGGGGGCCCGUACUUUGGCAUUCCCGACAACCAGACUUUUUGGUUUAUGGACAUGACGGGAAGCGGGAGCGAGACCAUAUCGCAUCUUCUAGAGCCCGGUAACGGUCGCGUUACCGUAUUAUUCAACGCCUUCGAGGGGCCGCCGCGUAUCGUGAGGCUCUGGGGCAAAGGCCGGGUGCUGGAGAACGGGACGCCCGAGUUCGACAGCAUAGUGCAGAAGGAGAACAUCGAGGUCCUCCCCGGCACGCGUUCGGUCAUCGUGGUAGACAUCCACCAGGUCGGCACGUCGUGCGGGUACUCGGUGCCCUUUUUCGACUUCAAGGAUUUCCGCACCACCCUCAACGAGUAUCUCAAGCGGAAGGAAAAUAAGUUCCUCCAAGGCAACGAGAGCGAGAGCAUGGACCGCUACUGGGCCCUGAAAAAUUCGUGGAGUAUGGAUGGACUGCCGGCGAUGCCGAGGGCGAUGAAAACCGCACGCGUCUAUGCCAUCGAACCUGUCAAGAAGAUGGUUGGACCUUUAGCACCAAAGAAUGGUGCAAGCCCGGGCGCACGCAGCGGUUUCUUGCUUGAGCAUUUCGUAAUCAUACUGUUGACUGUGCUCCUCGCUAUUGCGUUGGGGACACACCCCACCUUCCAGCAUCUUGCCCAGGCGAGGAUACGGGAUGCCAUGCUGCAGAUCAAGGCUGUGCCAAGCGCACUUCCGAGUUCUGUUAGGUUCAGGGAGCAAUAGGUAGCGGGUGCUGGAAUGAGAUUGUUUUCAUAGCGGAAGGGUUUUGAUGAGUCCGAUAGGCGAGUGCAAGGAGGUGUGCAUUCGUUCGCUCUUAUGUCAGGGGCUUACAGUGACCUGGAUGCUACUUGUUUUCUUUCAUUUUCCUUUAGAGUCCCAAGCGUUGAGCGUUGUUGAUGUAGUUAU